AUGUUCAAUAAAAAGUAACUUUAAAGAAUCGUUAUAUGUGGAGAUUUUAUUCAUAAUAACGUACGGUUCGACUAAUUGGCUAACAUUAUAGAAUAAUCAGACCUAAAAUUCACUAGAACAAUCCAAGGAAAGGUAGUGUAAUCUCUCUUAGAUUCCAUUUGCUACCCAGGACAAGAAUACAGUGAGAAAAAUCUCCUGUUCACUAAACUCUCAGAUCAUCCAAGAAUAUAUUGCCAACUAACUCUAUAAGGAGUUUAAAAUUAAAAAGAACAAAGGGUUGGUUGGAGUAAGUCGAAUGCUUAUAAUCUCAAUUAAGAAGCAGCAUUAAAAUGCAAUGAUUUUUAAACAUGGUAUCAGGCUAAAGGAAAAUAAACGAUUGAAGAAUAACUAAUGAAAUCGGCUAUAUUAUUUAAUCAGUCAAACCUCAAGUAGACUUUCCAAAAUAUAAAAAGAAUGGCAACUCUUAAUCCUUCAAAAAAGAAGCUGGGAUCUUUAGAGGCUUCAAGGAUGAUCAAGAUAAUUUCCAUAUUCAUUCAGAUACUGAAUAAAAUUUAUUACAAGAUUUAGACAGAAUUUUUGCAGAGAAGUGUAUAUCAGACUCUUACUCCUACAAAUUUGCCCCCUGUAUAGUAGAGAUUCAAAAGCUUUAAAAACUCAUAUCACAGGAAGUACUUUUUAGGUUAGAUAAAUUUAGUUUAGUUUAGGUUGUUUAAUUGUGGCGAAUAUGAAAUUUUGGAGAAAAAAAAGAUGAAAUAUUAUGAUGAUUGAUGAAACCAUGUACAUAAUAAGAGCUUAAAAAAAGAGGAGGAAGUGAUUAAUAAAUAGGUACUACUAAGUUUUUGAUGCUUUAGAGAAUAAUCAAAUGGUAUGAAAAUCGGAAGGUGGGACUUUCUAUUUCAAGAAAAAUGUUAUGUAUUAAUUUAUCCUUUUGAUAGUUGUGAGAGGACAAUACGAAAGUAGGAUUAAAAUUGGAAAAUGGACAAUUCUUGAUUCACAAUGGAAUAGGCAGGUUUCCGAGGGAAUUAACAAUAAGUAAACUUCUAAAAUUUCAGAGAAAAAGGAAAGGAUUAUAAUUUAAAUAAGUAAUAGAUAGUAUUUUGCUAAAAUACAACUUCCAACAUAGCUUUUAUGA